CUUUGUGUGGUGUAAAUCAAGGUAACUGAGGUUUAAUUUAUCUUUUCUAUUUUUGUGAUCAAAAGCAGUUAACGUUGGAGGAAGGAUUUUGCGGGGUUUUCCUUUUUGCCCUUAUAAAGGAAAAGAAAAAUGCAUCCUCCAGAAAGCACCACCAAGAUGGCUUCAGUUCGGUUCAUGGUGACACCAACAAAGAUAGAUGAUAUUCCAGGUUUGUCAGACACCAGUCCAGACCUCAGCUCCCGAUCCAGUUCCCGAGUAAGAUUUAGCUCCCGGGAGAGUGUGCCCGAAACGAGCCGUAGUGAACCUAUGAGUGAGAUGUCUGGAGCCACCACUUCGCUGGCAACUGUGGCACUGGAUCCAGCCAGUGACCGGACUUCUAACCCCCAGGAUGUUACUGAGGGUGGAGGACACAGAGGAGGGGGCAGCAGCGUCAGUCUCCCAAGAGGGGGAGGUCAGCUUAGCAGAGAUAAAAGCCGGGAUUCAGCAUUCAGAGGACCCAGCCCAGAAAGUGUCCACUUGAAUGAACUAUUGUUUGACCCGAGUCAGAACUCCAUCACAGGGGAACACAGCCAGCUGUUAGAUGAUGGCCGUAAGAAAGCUCGAAAUGCUUAUCUCAAUAAUUCCAGUUACGAAGACGGAGAUGAAUAUUUUGAUAAAAACUUGGCACUCUUUGAGGAAGAAAUGGACACCAGGCCAAAGGUGUCUUCUCUCCUCAACCGCAUGGCUAAUUACACUAAUUUGACUCAAGGAGCAAAGGAACAUGAAGAGGCAGAGAACAUCGCUGAAGGGAAAAAGAAGCCCACUAAGACCCCCCAAAUGGGUACCUUCAUGGGUGUCUACCUCCCGUGUCUACAAAAUAUUUUUGGAGUGAUCCUGUUUCUACGCCUUACUUGGGUGGUGGGCACAGCCGGAGUUCUUCAGGCCUUUGCAAUUGUCCUUAUCUGCUGUUGCUGUACAAUGUUGACUGCUAUCUCCAUGAGUGCCAUUGCGACCAAUGGAGUGGUCCCAGCUGGGGGCUCAUACUUUAUGAUUUCCCGAGCACUGGGCCCAGAGUUUGGUGGAGCUGUUGGCCUCUGCUUUUAUCUUGGUACCACAUUUGCAGCAGCCAUGUAUAUCCUUGGUGCCAUUGAAAUUUUUCUGGUAUAUAUUUUCCCCCGGGCUGCCAUCUUUCGUAGUGAUGAUGUACUCAAGGAGUCAGCAGCCAUGCUAAAUAACAUGCGUGUCUAUGGCACAGCCUUCCUGGUCCUCAUGGUGCUGGUGGUCUUCAUCGGCGUGCGCUAUGUGAACAAGUUCGCCUCACUCUUUCUGGCCUGUGUCAUCGUGUCCAUCUUGGCCAUCUACGCUGGAGCCAUCAAGUCGUCGUUUGCCCCUCCACACUUCCCGGUCUGCAUGCUGGGUAACCGCACCCUUUCGUCAAGACACUUCGACACUUGCUCGAAGACCAAGGAGACGCACAACCUGACAGUGCCGUCGAAGCUGUGGAGCUUCUUCUGUAACUCGAGUCAGUUUUUCAAUGCCACCUGUGACGAGUACUUUGUUCACAACAAUGUCACGUCCAUCCAGGGCAUUCCUGGGUUGGCUAGUGGUGUCAUUAAAGAGAAUCUUUGGAGUAAUUAUCUACCAAAGGGAGAGAUCAUUGAAAAGCCCUCAGCCAAAUCUUCUGAUGUUUUAGGCAGCUUAAACCAUGAGUAUGUCCUCGUUGACAUCACCACCUCCUUUACUCUUCUGGUGGGGAUUUUUUUUCCCUCCGUCACAGGUAUCAUGGCUGGAUCAAACAGAUCUGGAGAUCUGAAAGAUGCUCAAAAGUCUAUUCCCAUUGGCACCGUCCUCGCCAUCCUGACCACCUCCUUUGUCUAUUUAAGCAAUGUUGUCCUUUUUGGCGCAUGUAUUGAAGGCGUAGUUCUCAGAGACAAGUUUGGGGAUGCUGUGAAAGGUAAUCUGGUGGUAGGUAUCUUGUCUUGGCCAUCCCCAUGGGUGAUCGUUAUUGGCUCCUUCUUCUCCACCUGUGGGGCUGGACUUCAGAGCCUCACAGGUGCCCCGCGGCUGCUGCAGGCUAUAGCGAAGGACAACAUCAUACCCUUUCUGCGGGUUUUUGGCCACAGCAAAGCCAACGGGGAACCGACCUGGGCUUUACUUCUGACUGCUGUCAUCGCAGAGCUGGGAAUCCUCAUCGCCUCUCUGGAUCUCGUGGCCCCAAUUCUUUCCAUGUUUUUUCUCAUGUGUUACCUCUUUGUGAACUUGGCAUGUGCCUUGCAGACAUUACUUCGAACACCCAACUGGAGACCCCGGUUCCGCUACUACCACUGGACCCUCUCUUUCAUGGGAAUGAGUAUCUGCCUGGCUCUGAUGUUCAUUUCUUCCUGGUAUUAUGCCAUCGUAGCUAUUGUAAUAGCUGGUAUGAUUUACAAGUACAUUGAGUACCAAGGAGCUGAGAAAGAAUGGGGUGAUGGUAUCCGUGGGCUAUCCCUCAGUGCAGCCCGGUUUGCUUUGCUUCGGCUGGAGGAAGGACCUCCUCACACCAAAAACUGGAGGCCUCAGUUGCUUGUAUUGUUGAAACUGGAUGAAGACUUACACGUGAAGCAUCCUCGUCUCCUCACCUUUGCUUCACAGCUUAAAGCAGGAAAGGGUCUCACUAUUGUGGGCUCUGUCAUUGUGGGGAACUUCCUGGAGAACUAUGGUGAAGCUUUAGCUGCUGAACAGACCAUAAAGCACCUAAUGGAAGCGGAGAAGGUGAAAGGAUUCUGCCAGCUGGUGGUGGCCGCCAAGCUGAAAGAGGGCAUUUCCCACCUCAUCCAGUCGUGUGGCCUUGGAGGCAUGAAGCACAAUACAGUGGUGAUGGGAUGGCCUAAUGGCUGGCGCCAGAGUGAGGAUGCUCGAUCUUGGAAGACUUUUAUUGGCACAGUCCGCGUGACAACUGCUGCCCAUCUGGCCCUGCUAGUGGCUAAGAACAUCUCGUUCUUCCCCAGCAACGUGGAGCAGCUGUCUGAGGGCCACAUUGACGUGUGGUGGAUCGUGCAUGACGGGGGCAUGCUCAUGCUGUUACCCUUCCUCCUCAAACAGCACAAGGUGUGGCGAAAAUGCAGCAUACGGAUCUUCACCGUGGCCCAGCUGGAGGACAACAGUAUUCAGAUGAAGAAGGACCUAGCCACCUUCCUGUAUCAUCUGCGCAUUGAGGCGGAAGUGGAAGUGGUGGAGAUGCAUGACAGUGACAUAUCAGCGUAUACCUACGAACGCACUCUGAUGAUGGAGCAGAGGUCCCAGAUGCUCCGGCACAUGCGACUGUCCAAAACAGAGCGGGACAGAGAGGCACAGCUGGUGAAAGACCGGAAUUCAAUGCUACGCUUGACCAGCAUUGGCUCUGAUGAGGAUGAAGAGACAGAAACCUAUCAGGAGAAGGUGCACAUGACGUGGACAAAAGACAAGUACAUGGCAUCCCGGGGGCAAAAGGCCAAGUCAAUGGAAGGAUUCCAGGACCUGCUUAACAUGCGUCCGGACCAGUCCAAUGUGAGGCGGAUGCAUACAGCAGUGAAGCUCAACGAGGUUGUAGUCAACAAGUCCCAUGAAGCAAAGCUGGUUUUGUUGAAUAUGCCUGGGCCACCCCGAAACCCCGAGGGUGAUGAAAACUACAUGGAAUUCCUAGAAGUGCUCACCGAGGGACUAGAGCGAGUCCUCCUGGUCCGCGGUGGUGGGAGUGAAGUGAUUACCAUUUAUUCAUAAUCUGCUCCUGAGUGACUCUGCUUGGCUUCGUCUUUCCUAAAAGGCUCCCAUCCUCCGUGGAAGUGCCAGCUCCUUACUACCACUCCCACCAAUAGAGGCCUGUGUUCUGUACACAUCACCUGAGUGAACUCUCCACGAGCUGAGCUUCAAUGUGCAAAACUGUAACAGUGGUUCUGCUCUUAGCUUCUAUGUCAUCUGCCCCCAUUACAGAAGAAGAUAUUCCCUCAAUAUUAGAAAAAUGGUCAAUUCUUAAAGCCAUGUUGAAGGCAAGUUAGAAUUAACCAGCGAAACCAAUAAAAUGAAUUGUCAGAAGGGAUACUAGAAAGUCAACUAAAGAUAAAAAGCAAGUACAUAUACAAUAUUAAAGAUGAGUCUUAGAAGUCAUGGUUCAUUGAUGACAUCAUGAGGGCAACAGAGAAAGCAUCAUCCUACUAAGGAAUUCAAGGCCAAGUAUGUGGGGACCUAACAUCCUGGUGAAGAUAACCUAUGGCCAGCCAAGAUGAAAACCAGCUAAUUUUCUUGAGUGUAUCCACUGCCCUCUAGGACUCUAAUGUUAUAUUAGGGUGAUACACAAAAACUGAAACAUGGCUGCAGCUUCUACUUCUUCCUUCAAAACAAGUUUCCCCAAAAUACCAGGUUUAAAAGUACAUAUACUGGGUUGUUGUAUAUUUCAGCUGUUUGGUUCUCAAAACCCACUCUGUGGUUAAGAUUGUAAUACAGGCAGUGUUACCAUGGAAAUUGUUUUUAAACGGUGGAGUAAAAAUUUUCAGAUUUUUUUCAAAUGGACAAACUAAGGAAAUUCUAAAGAUAGCUAUUAAGAUUUACUAAAAUAUAAUCUGGUUACCUUUGUGACAUGGGCAAAACACACAACCUGUUUUCUGCGAAAUAUAGAUGAUGACGCACACUGACCAAUGGGUUCACCUUUCCUUCUUCCUUUUAUGCCCUCUGGGCUAGUAGGCACAGGUCAAAAAUCACAGGAACACCAGGAAGCCUGGCUAAAAGCCUUCUCUAAGAAUUUAAAGGGGAAAUGCAGCAAUGGAACUGGAAGUUCUAGAGCCAUAUUCCUUUCAUAGUGCCAAAGUUACUGAGAUGCUGCUACUUGCUACCUAUUUUACUCAAGCGGCAUACAAUUGGCAUCGACAUACUCAAGAAACUUCUACCAGGAAACCUGUGGACUCAUUUCUAAAGCCAUAGUGAAGACUUGAGGCAUUCACCUAAAUGCCCAGAGUAUGCACAUUUUCCUUUCAAUGUUAUUCUUCAUUCUGACUGCAGAAACUUGGCUCUAAACCAAGAUUAUCCACGCCAAUAGUCUCCUGCUAUUUCAGUUUUGUUUUAGAAGCUUUAAGUGUGUUAUGGAAAUACUUAGGCGAGCUUAGCUUAUUUGCUAAUUGCCUGAUCACAAAACACCCAUCUUUCAAGCAUAAGGAAAUUAUCCUGUGUGACUAAGUGGUAAUUUCAAAUAUACGAGGUCAUUUCGUUUACAGGGUAGCUUAUUUAGAGAAACUAUUUACCUAUAUUUAUGGCUGCUUUUGAAUUUCACUUAAUUGAUCAAUAGUGCCACUUUGACUACUCAUUAAGAAUAUAAAGCUUUUGAUUGCCCAAAAGGCUAUGGAACAAACUGACCCAAGUGCCAGCAGCCUAUUUGACCUUUACAGAGGAUAUAACCCUUCAAUAUGGCUUAAGAAAUAGUCAUUUUCAAUUUGUUCCUUUUGCUUUUCUUUCAACCUCCAGGCCUAGUCAGGGUGGCAAAGGGGACAAGUUCCAUUGCAACACUCCAUUGAUUAGUUGAGUCCAGCAGUAGUAGGACAGGUUCACCCAGGACCCAAGAUAUUGAAGAUCCGUGCUCUGAAGGUCAGCCUGCCCAGGAAUUCCUCUACAUUACACACACCUCUGGCCAAAGUGACAUUUACAUAUAGUUCCCAUGUAGAAUGAAAUAUGGGCAGAAGUUUAAGGUUAGUUUUAAAAGCUUUUUGUGGUUGGACCUCUAAGAAUCUUUUAAAGGGUUAAGGAAAUUCGAGGCUAACAGUCACUACUUCAGCCCCUAAAACACAAAAUCACUGUUACAUGGGAAAAUGGUUUAUUAGGCCAGGUUUAAACUCAUCUCUAUCUAGAGCGUUUCAUGUCUGUGUGCUGCUUAUGUUGUUUGUCUGCACAGUGUCGUCUCUUUUAAUCACUGCAAAUAAAGCAAUACCGAAAACUUGGUAAGAAUGCACCUUAGGGAAAGGGGUCUUGUGUUUCAAGAAGGAAGAGAGAGAAAAGACUUCCUCCUGCCUUUUGAAUAAGAUCAGCUUUUAAGUCUUAGCUAUGACUUUACCAGGGCAGGUUAUGGUAACAUACAUUUUCCAGUUGCUGGCCCUCUGCCUUCUAUAGCUAUCUAAAAAGCUGAAUUUUGAACUGCAGCAUCUGCUUGACAGGUACCAGGUUCCUCUUGGCAGAGGAAAGAUGACUACUUUGUAUCUUCCAUUGCCUCAGAUUCCUGUGGCCCCAACAAUUCCUCCAAUCCUCAUUCCCCCUAAACGUGUUAAAAAUCCAUUAUUGUGGAUAGUAAAGUAGCGAUUACACUGUAAGCAUAUUUAUGUGCUCUUU